AAGCAACCACUUAACUUGCGCACAUACAUUGCCCCAUUUCACUGCUAGCCCUCCACUAUCGUGCGCAGCAGAAGCGGUAACCAUUUCCGAUAAGAUGCCCGCCGGCGACCUCAGGUGCACGGAGUGGUCCUCGGACGCCGAGGGCGAGGCCUGGGUGUGGACCCAUAUCAAAGCCGAGGCACGUCGCGACACCGAGUUGAAGCCGGCUCUGGCCAGCUACCUCUACUCGACGAUACUCUCGCACUCGUCACUGGAGUGAUCGCUAUCGUUUCACCUGGGAAACAAGCUAUGCUCCUCCACCCUUCUCUCCACGCUCCUCUACGACCUCUUCCUCAACACCUUUUCCUUGUUGGAUCUCAGUACCCCCUCCCUACGCGCCGCCCACGAACGCGAUCCUGCCUGCAUCUCGUUUUCUCACUGCCUGCUAUACAAAGGCUUCUUGGCCUGUCAGGCGCACCGAGUGGCGCACAAGCUGUGGAUCCAGAACCGCAGGCCGCUGGCACUUGCGCUGCACUUGCGGAUCGCGGACGUGUUCGCGGCGGACAUUCACCCGGCAGCGAGGAUCGGAAAGGGGGUGCUGUUCGACCACGCGAUAGGGUUGGUGGUGGGGGAAAUGGCGGUGAUCGGAAACAACGUGUCGAUACUCCACCACGUGACGCUGAGAGGGACUGGGAAGGCUGGCGGAGAUAGGCACCCGAAAAUCGGGGAUGGAGUUUUGAUUGGCGCGAGCGCGACGAUUUUGGGAAAUGUGAAGAUUGUGGAGGGUGCAAAGAUCGGGGCGGGGUCGGUGGUGCAAAUUGAUGUGCCGGCGAGGACGACAACAGUGGGAAAUCCGGCAAGGUUGGUUGGCGGGAAGGAACGGCCGUCGAAGCACGAGGAUGUGCCUGGGCAGUCCAUGGAUCACACCUCCUUUAUCGCCGAGUGGUCCGACUAUAUUAUAUAGAAUUUUAAAAAUUAAUUUCUUUUCGGUUAUGUUAGUUAUUUCCCCGCCUCUAAUGUUUCAACAGUGCAAUAAUCCUUUGUUUUGUAAUUCUUUUUUUUUUUUUUUCAAUUAAAAAGGAGAAUAUUAAUUACUAAGAUGUUGUAUGUGGAAGGAUAUUGGUUCAAUUAAGUUAGAAUGAUAAAAUUCUAGAUUAAUUCGUUCAA